AUGGCAUCAGAUUACCACUAUACCUACUUCCGAGUCUCCAAGACGGAAGACUUCACUCACUCAGCGCAGCGAUACAGAGACCUGCGUCUGCAGGCCCUCAAACUCUCGCCGUCGUCAUUCGCUGCAACUUUCGAAUCCGAAGCCCUUCUGACAGAUGAAUAUUGGGAAUCACGCCUAUCACAAACAGGAAGGGAAACCUUCGUCUGCGCCGCACGCCCGGCUUCAACAUCCCAUGCAUCCAACGGAGACGACCUGGAAUGGGUAGCUCAAUUGACGCUGCUCGGUCCACGGACUAAAGAGGAGUUCACGCUGUCAGCAGCAUCUGGGCAGCCGGAACCAGGCCCCGACGACGAGGAGGAACGGUGGCAGCUUCUGGGUCUUUACACGCUAUCUUCGCAUCGCGGGAGGGGUAUCGCGAAACGACUGUGUGCGGAGGCGAUCAAGUAUCUUGUCGAGUAUCGGCCCGAGCCAAAGCACGUCCACGUUCGGCUGAUGGUCAAGUGGGGGAUGGACGCGGCUGUACGGCUGUAUCAGCAACUGGGCUUUGAAGAGGUGGGGAGCUGUACCCUUGCCGAAGCUCUGGUUGCGAACGGGGAAGGGGAUCUGUUGCCUGAGGGGUACGAGGCGCAGGAGAAAUUUGCUGCGCGGAGUGGUCAUGUUAUGCUGCGGCGCUUUGGCAGAGAUCAUGUAUAG